AGGAAGAAGAUUUGGGUGAAAACUUGUGGUUUUCCGGCACCCUUCGCUUGCUCAGGGGAGGAUAAGAGGAGAGAGGGCUUCGAGGCAUGUGAUGGAGCGGCUGCGGAUACCACCCGUUCCGAUUCUUGGAGGAAGGAUGGUUCCUUUUCUCAGGCACUACCGUGUCUUCGGAACUCAUCGUCCCUUAAUAAAAACAGCUGGGAGAAACCAGAACCUGAAUGGGGGUUGCUCUGCGCAGUGUGCGGCAAAUGGCAGUGGAACCUCUGUCGUCUCUGACGGAAAUGGUGCUCGGAAGGAUUCUGCUUUGCCGGAUAGUUUGCUUUGCGAUGCCCGUGUUCUCUACUGUGCAUCUCCUGCAAUGGGUCAUAACAAGGAAUCACAUCCAGAAUCAAACAAAAGAGUGCCGGCAAUAGUUGAUGCUCUUGAAAAAUUGGAACUUACGCCCAAGCAUCGCGGUUCGCAGGUUCUUGAAAUUCAAAAUUUCUACCCUGCUUCACUUGAUGAUGUUGCGAGAGUUCAUUCAAGAACAUACAUUACUGGACUAGAAAAGGCUAUGAGCAAGGCUUCGGAUGAAGGUUUGAUAUUCAUCGAAGGAACUGGACCAACAUAUGCUACACACACUACUUUCCAAGAAUCACUUCUUUCAGCUGGUGCUGGAAUUACAUUGGUUGAUUCAGUGGUUGCAGCAUCAAAGCUGGGCCCAAGUCCACCCCUUGGAUUUGCACUAGUAAGGCCACCAGGACAUCAUGCUGUUCCUGAAGGUCCCAUGGGCUUUUGUGUCUUUGGGAACAUUGCGGUUGCUGCAAGGUAUGCUCAGCAUCAACAUGGAUUAAAGCGAGUAAUGAUUAUAGAUUUUGACGUUCACCAUGGCAAUGGUACGUGUGAUGCCUUUUAUGACGAUCCAGACAUUUUCUUCCUCUCAACGCAUCAGCUAGGAAGCUAUCCCGGUACUGGCAAGAUGAACCUAAUUGGUCAGGGCAGUGGUGAAGGGACAACACUGAACCUGCCACUGCCCGGUGGUUCAGGUGAUUAUUCAAUGAGGUGUGCGUUUGAUGAGGUCAUUGCUCCAUCAGCGCAGCGGUUCAAGCCCGAUAUCAUCCUCGUUUCAGCUGGCUACGAUGCACACGUGCUGGACCCUCUAGCUGGGCUGCAAUUCACGACGGGCACUUUCUACAUGCUAGCGUCAAGCAUCAAGGAGCUAGCCAGGGAGCUCUGUGGUGGCCGUUGUGUCUUCUUCCUGGAAGGCGGGUACAACCUGCAGUCUCUCUCGAGCUCUGUCGCCGACACCUUCCGAGCGUUUCUCGAUGAGCCCAGCCUCGCCACACAGUUCGACGACCCAGCAGUACUGUAUGAGGAGCCAACGCGGAGGAUCAAGGAGGCGAUCGAGAAAGUUAGGCAUCUCCAUUCGCUCUAGAGUAUGCGUCGGAGAUCGGGGGAUGAGCUGAAGAAGUGAAGACUGAAGAUGCCACCGCUAGCUGCUUACGUACUACGUCUCCUGGUGUAGUGUGUAUAUAUAUUUGGAAGAUCUGCUUUCUGGUCAUUUGGACUUGGCUUUUUUUUAGAUCACAGGUUUAAAUAAAGUUGAGUCAUUUAGACUUGGGCUAAUUGUUGUGGAAUGCAUGUUUUGAACUGAUCAUACACGCACAGAAGACAGAACUCUGUAUUUUAGGCAUACAUCUGUAUGUAUUUCUGCGGAUCCUAGAUAGAGUUGUGUGUGUAAAGUGUGCAUAUGUGUGUAAUAAUUAAUUUGUUAUGAUCAUAUACUCAAUUACGUGAGGUUAGGCAGUA